UCUAUGAGGGGACGGACAAUCAUCUUCUCCAUUUAUCGGCCCCCAUACUCCAUAUUCAGAUUUUUUGACAGCCUCACCUUGGUGGCCUCAGGAAAAGUCAUGUUUCACGGGCCUGCACAGGAGGCUUUGGAGUACUUCAAAUCCGCAGGUUACAAUUAUGAUUCCCACAACAACCCUGCAGACUUCUUCCUGGACAUCAUUAAUGGAGGUUUAUCUGCUCUAUUUGACACAGAGGAAGAUGGCCGUGAUGCUGACAAAUAUAAAGAGCUUUCUGAGAGACAGUACCAAGUCAGAGUAAACUUAGCCAAUAUGUAUGCCCAGUCCUCCUUAUACAGCGAAAUGAGAACUGAACUGGAUCGACUCUUGGGGGAACAGAAGGCAGGGAGGAGCACAGCCUUGGAGGAGAUCACGUGUGUCACCCCUUUCUGGCAUCAGCUCAGGUGGAUUAUCUAUCGUUCAUUCAAAAAUUUCCUGGGUUUUCCACGGGUCACCGGGAUCCAGGUAAUCUGAUGAGUUAUUUUAUUUGUAUUGUGAAAAACUCAUGUGGGAGCAAUUUGUUUCUGAGUCAGUCUACUGCAGGGUCACACUUAUCUUCUGCUCCUUCCAUGUGUUUGUCAUCUCCACUCUGCCUGGCAUAGGGAAAUAUUCAAUAAAGCAAGUAGACUA